AGAGUGUGGGCGGGUGGCAACAGCGAGCGGGUGGCGGUAGUGGCAAGAGUUGAGAGGUGAGCUUAGUGUUGGACUGACUAGGCAUCCGUGCAACACUGUUCACCGCCUCACACCCCGGCCCCUCCUCUCCCCCACACACAAGGGCAUGAGGAUUUCUUGAUGGUGUAGAGGCAAACUAGUGCCAGUGAGAGUCAUGGAACAGUAUGGAGCCUACGCCGUGUCCCCGCCCCCGACCAUAGAAAGCAUUCACUCUCUAAUCAGGUAGAACGAGGAACAGCUGCGGUGAGUCAGAAAGUCAGUUAGUCAGUGCUGAGGUGAUUGACCGACUGACUGACUGACCAACUGAUUGACAGACUGACUGAAGGGCGAAGCAAAACUCGAUCAUUUUGAAGCAAUGAAGCAGAAAACGAAGCCCGGUAACUCAUAACGGCCAGUAAUGCUAAAAACGCUAGAGACGCGAGUGAGGGUGAGCGGAGUGCCUGUUGACGCCCGACAAGAGGAGCUCAAUCAAAUCCUGGAGAGCGUCGGGGCGGUGGAGAAGUGCGAGAAGUACGCCUCGAGGGACGGCCAUACACAGGUGGUGCAUGUGACCUACGAAUCUUUAGAGGCGGCGCGAGAGGCAGCACAGCGACUGAACGGCAUCAACCUAGCGGGAGGCAUCCUGCGUGUGGACCGUCUGAUGGACCGCCGGAGGGGCCCGCGGGGAGCAGCAGGCGGGGGAUCCAUGGGAGCGGGCCCUAUGGGAGGUCCAGGGGCAGCCUCUCCCUCCCAGCGCCACACAGACUUCCCUCUCCGUAUCCUUGUGUUGAGUGAAAUGGUUGGAGCGAUCAUAGGACGCCAGGGGGCCACGAUAAGGACAAUCACACAACAGACAAGGGCUCGAGUUGAUGUCCAUAGAAAGGAUAACGCCGGCUCCUUGGAGAAAGCGAUCACCAUUUACGGGAAUCCUGAAAACUGCACUAAUGCCUGCAAGCGCAUUCUGGAAGUGAUGCAGGAAGAGGCUGACAACACCAAUAAGGGAGAGGUUCCCCUGAAGAUUCUUGCUCACAACAACCUCAUUGGGCGCAUCAUUGGCAAGGGAGGGACAACCAUCAAGAAAAUAAUGGACGACACCUCCACCAAGAUAACAGUCUCUAGCAUCAAUGACAUCAAUAGCUUCAAUUUGGAACGCAUCAUUACCAUAAAGGGAAGCAUAGAGGACAUUGCCAUGGCAGAGAACAUGAUCAGCGCCAGAUUGAGGUCCAGUUAUGAGAGUGACCUCCAAGCCUUCGCCCCGCAAAGUGCCAUGUUCCCUGGCCUGCACCCCAUGGCCAUGAUGUCCACUGUGGGGUUCGGCCUUCCACGCGGCGGCGGCGGGGGUGCAGCCGGGGCCGGGAUGGGCAUGUAUGGCUCCUCACCAACCUCCUAUCCUCCUCUCUAUCCCACACCCAUCUCCAGCCAACAGGGCUAUCAUGGCUCGGAGGCAGCUGAGGUGGGUGGCGAAGAGGAGACGGCAUAUUUGUACAUCCCCAACUCAGCAGUGGGCGCCAUCAUCGGCACCAAAGGCUCCCACAUCCGCAACAUCAUCAGGUUUAGUGGGGCAUCGGUUAAAAUAGCACCACUGGAGGACGAAGGGCGACCCACAGAGCAGUCUGAACGGAAAGUCACCAUCGUAGGGUCCCCCGAGGCUCAGUGGAAGGCUCAGUUUUUGAUAUUUGAGAAGCUCCGAGAAGAAGGCUACGGCGUCGGGGUGGAGGAUGUGAGGCUAACAGUGGAGAUCGUGGUGCCGUCCAGUCAAGUAGGCCGCAUAAUUGGCAAGGGAGGUCAGAAUGUGCGUGACCUCCAGCGGCAGACAGGCUCAGUCAUUAAGCUUCCCCAGCAGGGCUCCACCACCUCAGAAGAGACGACUGUACACAUCGUGGGCCCCUUCUUCUCUGUGCAGUCAGCCCAGCGGCGCAUCAGAGCGAUCAUCCAGAUGUCCGCCCCUUCCACCAGUGGCGGCAACAGUGGGCGCCCCAGCCGGGGGCCGCUGAUGCCACGGAUGCACCAAUGAGGUCACUGCCGCCGGGAGGACCACACCGCCACCACUACGACCCGAGCCACAUACCAAAGAGAAGGCGACCUUGGAGCUUAGAACCGGCGGCUCUCCCCUCACUUUGACCUCGCUUGCUUGCUUGUUUUGCCCUCUGGGGCCUGGGCUGGCUGGGCGGCCUGGCACUCCUCCUGCCGGGGGGGAGUCUGGCUGGCCGUUGGAUUUGAUUUGUGUUGAUGCGUUUGUUUGUAGGGUCUCUGUUCUUGUUUCCACACUAUAGAGUAUGAUUUUGUUUAUGGCAGGUAUGCAGUGCCCAAGCUGCUCCACCCUGCCCGGGUCCCAGACCAGUUGUGACGAAAGAGGGUGCGUGCGUGCGGCAGUAACAGAGUGUGACGUGCCGCGUGCAUGUGUUAGUGCGUGCGUGUGUCCGCACUGCACCUGUGUUGAGGCUCCUGUAAUGAGUUCUGACCCCUGUGUAGCCCCGAGGCCGCCCCAGUCACUGUGGCCAGCGGGGCACGCGAGACACCGUCAUCAGGGCUCCGCUGUUUAGUUAACUAGUACAAAAGUUUGUGGAAUAUAACGGACCAUUGUUACUAUAUGGUCUUUUUUGUACGCAAAGUUAUAGCAAAGUUUAUUUUUGAUACAUUGUUGGAGCAAUUUUUUGUUAAAUUUUUUUUAAAGAAGGAAAAUAUUAUAAUGUAGCAUGGAAAGAUGCUAUUAUAAAAAAAAAAAAUAAUCCUUGUCAGCACUCUCCGCACACCACCUCCGGGCCCCCACACCUCAGUUCAGACAAGGACACUGGAGAAGAAACCAACACUCUACAGGGGAUCAAUAUUCCGAACUCUCGACAAAACAAUGUAUGCAAAACAGGAAGAUUAUGAUGUAUACUACUACUGCUACUACUGCUACUACUACUACUACUACUACUACUACUACUACUACUACUACUACUACUACUACUACUACUACUACUACUACUACUACUACUACUACUACUACUACUAUACAAAUGCCCACUGAUUUUGUAGUACCAUAUGAACAUUGAAAUACUUCACUCAGGUGACUGUAGAAGCUGAUCCGUGCAGCCCUGGCCACCUUGUGCGUGCCGACUGUACAGCAGCUGGGGCGGUGGCCAGCCUGGCCUCCCCAACCCCCCAGCCGCACCCCCACUCGUGCUACCUCACUCCUCGGCCAACCUUGCCCCCCUGCCCCACGGCAACAACCCCCCCAUCUCCACCCACAUAACCCAUCACUAUUAAUAGCACACUGUUCGUUAUGAAGGUUUUGUUAAUUUGUACCACUGGCACAUUGUGGGUAACUUGUUUCCAUUACAAACCAAUGGAAUGGUCAGCACAUUUACAUUGAGAAUUGUGCAAAGUCAGCCAUGUCAAAUUCGGCCAAAGGUUUACAAUGCGUUGACAGUAAUUUGGUUUAUGUUUUGAAGUCUUCUGUUCUGAAAUGGAUAUCCACUACACCAGCUGACAUCACUGCAUGACUGUGUGUGUGUAUACCAUUCCUGAAAGUCAGCCAGAGUGUCUGCAUUUCCACAGUGAAGCAGCAAUGUUGCCGUGGUGCUUGGGGGCCGUGAACUGCCAAGAGGGACCCAGAUUACAAAGAAGGGAAGUGUGGAGGGCAAUGUACCAGAAGCUAUGAGGUGCCAAAAUGGGAGGUUCAGUGACUGCAGCCUUUGUGUGCCUCCGCCACAUUGAGUCAGCCGUGUCAGGCGGUCAGGAAGCAGCAGAGCCUCGGUGCUGCCACAAAGCAUUCACCACUGGUGCCGUGUGGGCUCUGUGUGUUUCCUUGUCACGAUGCGCUGACUAGAUGAGCCAGGCAAGACAGCCAAUGGGAAAGCCUUAGAGCUGCCAUAAAGAUAUUUUGUUGAAACUUUGCUUGGCUCAUGUUUCCUGUACCGUGCCCUCCCUGCUCCCCUGCCUUCAGCCAUGGGCAUCGCUAGGCUGCAUGGCCCCAGAAGGUCACUCUGAACCAGCCACAGUCCUGCCUUGGACUGGCUCUGAGAAUGAUUGGCUGUGUUAACUGUAAAUGUUGUUAAUCAAUUUAUUUUAUAUCAUUUCCCUCAGCCUGGCUGGCUCAGAGUCAUGUUUCUGUGGUGGCAGUGGCCUCACCACUACCUUGGCAGAUGAUGUUUUUGGUCGCAGGUGCGUUCCAUGUAGAAGGUCCGUUUGACUACUGAGUAUGAAAAAGAAAUGUUUCUAUUCUGCCUAUAUCCCAAACCAGACUGCAAAUGAUAUGAUUGGUGAUUGAUCACUGUUCAAAUUAAUUACAUCUGCUAAGUUUAUUAAACACUUUGAUGCAACAGACAUAGUCAUAUUGAAAUAAUACUACUACUGCUGCUACUUUUACUGCUGCUACAACUACUGUCACAUUCAAAAUCACCAAUGGUACCACAUGUGUCAUCUCUACUACCUUAUACAGCACUUGGUUUUUCAAGAUAGUGUAUGUAAACUGUUUUCUCGCGCGAUAACUUUCAGACUACAGUGCUGGGCCCCUCUACCUCCAUGCUAAGAAAAAAGCCAAUCAAUGCAGAACAAGUCCAGCCUUUCACCUUGAAAAGAAGGAAGUAUCACACUAAUUUCUUGCUGAAUUUCAACCUGAGAACAAGUUUGGCAUUUAAGGCAUUAAGGUAUAGGGGCCCAUCCCACUCCACAGUUAUAGCUUAUGUUUAGAUUAUGUACGAAGGACUUCCCACCACCCAGCCAUUCACCCUUGGAAUUAGUGUGCAGCACUGGAUGACUUUGGGUGGAAAGAAAGUUUUAUGAAAUUUUCUUUGCCUUUCUUCAAUGUUAGAAGCUGAAUUCAAAUUGUUGUCUUCAGGUUUGGGAGUGCUCAGUGCUUGAUUGCUUUUCCAGUUUAUUAUUUUACAUUCAGAGAAGUCACAUACUACUUGUUUUCAGGCUUUCAAAUUGUAUUUUUGCUGAAACCUGUAUCUUUCUGCUUUUGUCACCCAAUUGUUUAAUAUCCAGUUUUUUUCUUUGUUAACUUGUACAAUCUGAAUUUCUUUAGUCAGUUUGCUUAAUUUUGAAAGGAAAUGGAUUGGGAAACUUUUGAAUUGCUCCAUUCAUUGCUGUAGGGAAGGAAGGUGUCUCACAGUAGCUACAGUGGCUCCUCUUGUUAUGGGCAGUGGAAGGAGGAGGAGGGGAUGAGGGCGUGAGUGAGAUUCCUGUAUUAUAUUAUGAGAGCUAUGAUGUCUCAGCCACACCAGCAGCCCCUCCUCUCCAUACCCUGUCAAGGUGGCCAGAAGUGUGUUCAACUCUGCUCUUCUCCUUGGUGUUCAGCUACCCAGUAAAGGGAUCACUGCCGCCAUAAUUAUAAACAAUUGUGGGAACCACUUCAGUGUGUUUGAUUCACAGGAUGACUGGUCAGGUGACUCUCAGUGUGUUUGUUCCAUGGUUUUCCCAAGCCAAGUGGAAGAGGUUUGUGUGAUGACUUGGUGAUGCCUGUUGUUGCUUGGAGGCGGCUAUCCAAUACUACCACUACGACUACUACUGCUACCGCUGCUGUCCUGCUGUUGUGGCGACCAAGACUGUCAAGUACACCUCCACCAACCCUACCACCACCACUACCACCAUUAGCAACCUUACCUCCCACCAUCUGAACUCCCCACAUCACCCCCAACCAACCCUUACCUCAUGAGCAACAAGGUGCCUCAGUGAAUGCCACUACCAGCGUCCCUCCACUGACAGGAACAACUCGCGUCGCAGAUUGGUGCCACUUCAGUCCCCCAAAACUGAAUGAAAAAAGCUGGAAAUAUUAAAAAGAAAGGUCUGUUCUCAGUUACUCCCCUCCCAAGGGUGCCCCCCCCCCAGUACAAGACUCCUCGCCCUGGAUACCCCCAACCCAGCGGCAACCUCUGCGUCACUGUACAAAGUUAUGACCUCCCCUGCCCCCCCCACACCACUCGCCGUGUGCCUCAAGCCGCUGGGAGGGGGACACUGGGAGCGACCACGACCACAGUUACCACCGCCGCUGCCACCAUCACUACCACUACCACCACCACCACCACCACCACCACUGCUGUUCCACCCAUCAGGGCCUCAUCCUCCGGUUGUCCCAAUCCUUGCCGCUCUGCUCCUCAGUGUACCAAGCCAUUCCACCUCCACUACUACCACUACCACCAUUACUACUACUGCUACCACCACUACUACCAGUACCACCACCACCACUACCACCACCACCACCACCACCACAACAACAACAAACUCCAAUCCACCACAUUUGGGUACCAGCCACUGCUUCUAUCUACUGGUUCAAGUAAUAAACGAUUUCAGGUUA